AUGAUAUUUCCACCUGCUUUCUUUGACGUGAUGGUCCAUCUAGCAAUUCAUUUGGCACAAGAAGCAAAGAUUGGUGGACCUGUUCACUAUAGAUGGAUGUACCCUAUUGAAAGGUAUCUUGGUAGUUUAAAAGGAAUGGUUCGAAAUAGAGCUCGUCCUGAAGGCUCAAUUGCGGAGGCUUAUAUCGUGAAAGAGUGUUUGAGUUUUUGUUCAUUGUAUCUCCAUGACAUUGAGACUAAAUACAAUAGAGAUCAAAGAAAUUAUGAUGGGGAGGAACAUCCAAAUGCAACAUUAUCUGUUUUUCAAAGUAAAAUUCGAACUUUUGGAGAAACAGAUUUUGUACAGUUGACCCCUCAACAAUAUAGUUCUUUGCAUUGGUUUGUCUUGAAUAACUGCGUGGAGUUAGAUUCAUAUUUGAGAGAGCAUGAAGAAGAACUAAAACAACAACAUCCAAUUGGUUGGGAGGCUAGACAAAAGAAAGAGUUUGCUGCAUGGUUUGAUAAUCGAAUUAAAAAGUUGAGGAGCAUUAAAUCCCCUGAAGCUACAGAUGAACUUAUUGCACUUGCCUGUGGGCCUGAUUAUCGUAUUAAUAAGUGUGGUGGGUGCAUAGUAGAAGGUGUCAAGUAUCUAACAAGCAAAAGAGAUUCUAGACGUGUGACACAAAAUAGUGGUGUUUGUACACACUCUCUUCAUAAAGGUAAAAUGAUCAAAUUUUAUGGUGUUUUAGAAGAUGUGAUCGAGUUGAGCUAUACUUAUGGUUACCGAUGCGUACUAUUCAGUUGCAAAUGGUUUAAUUUGGACCGAAACAAAAUUAUAAAGAUAGAUAGUGAUCUUACAAGCGUAAAUGUGGGUAAUUUGUGGUAUGAAAGUGAACCUUAUAUUUUAGCAAAUCAAGUAUCCCAGGUGUUCUAUGUUAGUGAUACAAAAUUAGGUGGGAAUUGGAAAGUUGUUCAACAUGUACAACAUCGACAUCUUUUUGACCCAUCAUUCAUUCGAUUUACCGAUGGGAAUGAACCCGACGUGAAUGACGCAUAUCAACAAGAAAAUUGUGCUCUAAUUGACGUUCAAGAUAGUGCUCCAGAGAUUGGAUCGAUUGACCGUAAUGAUGAAGCUCCAUUGGAGAUCGAAAUUCUUGAAAAAAUAAUCCAUCCACGUGUUCGUGAUGAUAAAGAUGAAGAAGAAGAUGAUGAUGGAGAAGACGAGACUCUAGUCGAAUAUUGGAGCAGCGACGAUGAAGUUGCAUCUCACGCUAACAUAGAUAGCGACUUGGAAUAGUAAAAAUAUAUAGGUAUAAAGAGUUUCAAAUAACUUUUGCUCUAUAAUUGUUUAUAUUUAUCCAUUUUGAUUAAAUUUCUUGAUCUACUUAUACUG